GCAAGUCUUUCUGAAAUUCACAGCAACAUGUGGGUUAGAAAUGGUCUACAAAUUAAAGGACAAGCCAUGACUUAUGUGCAGUCUCAUUUCUGCAAUUCAAUGAUUGAUCCUGACAUUUAUCUGCUGCAAGUCUGUGCCUCAAGGCUGGACCCAGAUUAUUUUAUUUCAUCCGUUUUUGAAAGAUUUAAGGUGGUGGAUCUGUUAACGAUGGCAUCACAGCACCAAAAUACAGUUCUCGAUUCAGAGCACGAAAGGUCCAUGUUGGAAGGAGCCUUAACGUUUUUGGUUCUUCUGUUAAGUCUUCGUUUACAUUUAGAAAACCCCAAUCCUAAAAGUGGUAUUAUUCCAGGAAGCUUAAGCUUUGAAUCGGUCUUGUCAGCAGUUGCUGAUUUUAAAGCUCCUGUUUUUGAACCUGGAGGUUCCAUGCAACAAGGAAUGUAUACACCUAAAGGUGAAGUUUGGGAUAAGGAGUUUGACCCUGUCAUGGUAAUACUUCGAACGGUUUACCGUAGAGACGUGCAGUCUGCAAUGGACAGAUAUACAGCCUUCUUAAAGCAAAGUGGUAAAUUCUCUGGGAACCCGUGGCCUCCUUACAAGAAAAGAACGCCACUACAUCCAAAUUACAAAGGUCUUAUAAAGCUUUUGCACUGUAAAACCCUGCACAUCGUGCUCUUCACACUUCUUUACAAGAUACUAAUGGAUCAUCAGAAUUUAUCAGAACAUGUGCUUUGCAUGGUUUUGUAUUUGAUUGAGCUGGGGUUGGAAAAUUCUCUAGAACAAGAGUCAGAUGAAGAGGAAUCUACAGGUGGACAAGAGCGUUGCCACGAUAGUUGGUUUCCAGGUAGUAACUUGGUUUCUAACAUGCGUCAUUUCAUUAACUAUGUCCGAGUAAGAGUACCAGAAACUGCACCAGAGGUGAAGAGGGAACCACCUGCAAGUACAAGUUCUGGCUUAGCUUCAUCACAAAACUCAGGGACAGCUCAAGUGUUCAGUUUGGUUGCAGAACGUAGAAAGAAAUUUCAGGAGAUCAUCAAUCGGAACACCAGUGAAGCAAAUCAGGUUGUUCGUCCCAAAACAUCAAUGAAAUGGUCAGCACCUGGUGCAACUCCACAGCUAACAACAGCCAUUCUAGAAGUCAAGGAGAGCAUACUGUCCUUGCUCAUUAAAUUGCAUCACAAACUCUCAGGAAAACAAAACUCCUACUAUCCUCCGUGGCUGGAUGAUGUGGAUGUUUUAAUCCACUCAGAAAUUCCAAGAUAUUCUCAUGGUGAUGGAAUGACGGCAGUAGAAAGAAUUUUAUUGAAAGCUGCUGUGCAGAGCAGAUUGAAUAAACGUAUAAUUGAAGAGAUAUGCAGGAAGGUGACGCCUCCUGUACCACCGAAAAAGAUCAAUUCUGCAGAGAAAAAAACUUUGGAUAAAGAAGAAAGACGGCAGAAGGCUAGAGAAAGGCAACAGAAAUUGUUGGCUGAAUUUGCCUCAAGGCAGAAAAGCUUCAUGGAAACUGCCAUGGAUGUUG